AUGCGAGCAUAUCAACGCUAUACUGCGAUUGGGCUGAUCCUGUUUGUUCUAGGUAUCCUAGUUCUAGAAGAACGUAAUCUUGGUAGAGGAUACAUUUAUUUAUCAAAUCAAUACAACGAGGAAAUCACUAGGAACAUAACGGUUUCACGAGAAGGUAAACGAGAGAGUAUUGGAAUUGUGAUAGUAUUGAACAGUGUGAAAGAUGAGGACAAAUAUCCUAUGGCGCUGGAUACCGUACGCUGUUACGGUCUGCAUUUCGAAUACGAUGUCUAUGUGAUUCAUGGGGAUGAUGACUCAACUAUGAGUAGCAAAUGUCCACAAAAAGAUUUCAUGUUUCGCCGUCAUUGCAUCCUUUCCCUGAAAAUGCCAUCUUUAUCCAACACCUGGUUGCUCUUUCUUGAUGGUGAUAUGGGGAUAAUCAAUCCAAAUAAUGUAAUCGAAGAUUACAUACCAAAAAAUGAGAAUACACAAAUUGUAUUCUAUAACAGAAUAAUGAAUCAUGAAGUGAUGGCAGGCUCUUAUUUGGUUCGAAACUCCAAAUGGUCGAUACGUUUUCUGAUGUUCUGGGCUACUUUCGAGUCGAGACUUCCUCAAUCGUUUCAUGGAUCCGAUAACGGAGCCAUACACAGUGUCAUCCUAAAUCAACAACUACCAAAGCUGCAGUCCAAAUUAGACUUCUGUGAAAAUAAAUUCUGGAAAAAUUCCACCGACUACUACAGUCUGUCAACAUACACAGUUUGUGCUCAGGAAAUCAUCAAGAACAACUUGAUAGCAGAAAUUCAAAUUCUGCCAAAGGGACGGUUCACAUGGGCACGAGAUGGUUGGCUAACGGACUCCGUGUGGUCUGAUAGAGACUUUAUUUUUCAUGGUUGGCAAAAAAAACGCCAGGACGCGAUGGUCUUCGCCAGAUGGCAUUCACCACUUGUCUAUGACAAACCAUGGAAUCUAACAAAAUGUUCUAAUGGGGAAGCAUGGGAAAAUUGGAAGUAUAAGGAUACAUUCAUAGGAAAUCGUAUAGAUGUGGAUCGUAAAAUACUUUCAGUUAUUCAAGAUCAACAGAAAUCCUACGAACAUCAUUUGCAACUUUUAUCAAAG